GCCGUCAGGGGGCUGCAGAGGACUGCAGGGGGCCGUGUGUGUGAGGAGCUGUCAGAAUUUGUCAAAUGUUAUCACGUCCGUUCUCUUCUCUGUGGGAUGCAGAUUACACGUAUGGGCGAUCGAAUGACUCGAGUCGUGACGUGAGACUUAACGACCAGUUAGCCUCUCCGUAGUUAAUACGCUUAUCAGUUGCUGAAUACAAAAUUUAUUUAGUUGCAUUUUAAUCGUGAGAAAUCGGUAUAACCUGCCUGCGCGCGUACGCGGUUUACAAUUACGUUUAUUUUGUUUCGAUCAAGCCGUCCGGUGUUGUCUUCCUCUCACACCGACGUAAACUAUCUCUGUCGACCGAAUGAUACCAUCGCGGUACUAUGAAGUUGCACGAUGGAGCUUUCCGAAUCGCGAAAUCUUGUUAAGGAUUUAGAUCUAACCCUACAACCGCGAAUCGCCCCGCGAUAUAAAACCUGGCUUCCCCUCGCCACCCAACAGUUGCGGCUCAGAGGUUUAGUACAAAUAAUAGGCCAUAAUUUGAAAGCUAAUGUAAAUGGGGAGAUAUGUUGGUUCUAUUACACGUUACACAGAUCAAGCAUGUCGUCUCCAUUGUACACAAGCGAGGCGAUCGACAAUGCUAAUCCAAGGUGGUCAAGUCUCGAAGUGCCGACCCUGCAUGCCACAGGUUAUUCAACGGCUAGUGAGAUUAUCCUGAGGGUGUGGAAACACUCGAUGCCAUGCGAUAAUACAGCCGAUGUGACCCUCUUUACAUGGGGAGUGUCGUUCACAGGAUUGGCGUAUAUCGGUCCUAAGCUACCACCUAAUCUGGAGACUAUCCUAAAGGAAAAUUCUUUGAUAUUCUAUUUUCACGGUGGAUACUUUACCCCCGCGUACUGUUUCACAGCAGCUCUGGACUCGAAGCGCUACCUUUAUAUGACUAUGACUGCAUCUGAAGUAAAGAACAGUUAUACCGUGAAUAAGCUUAGCAGUUUAAGAAGCAAAAUGCAGGCACUAAAGCAACAAACGGAGUCGGUGCAAGCGCUCAGAGUGCGCAUCGCCUCCGGUGAUGAUUUUCACACUCCCAAAUAUCCACAGACAACUUUGAACAGACUGUUACAACCGCGGAGAGUCAACAGGGAAAAGAAAUUGGAGAUUAUGAAGAUACGUAAAGAGCUGGAAAUGGCUAAAUUUAGAACAAAAUUGUUGGAGCAAGAGAGAGCGCGAAAAAUGGGAGAGAUUCGUGUACUGAAUCAAUUACACACUAAUAUUGUUGAAGAAAAUCAAGAUCAAGGUUCUGAUUUAAUGGAAAGAUAUAGGGAGCUGAACAAAGACAUAGAAAGGCUAAAUGAGUGGCGGCAAAAUCACAUAGAUUCGAGGGAAACCUAUUUGCAGUUGAGCAACCAACUUGCGCAGAGGCGACGACAAUUAAUCUCAGAACUGUGUUUAAUAUAUCCCAUUAGACAGGACAGUAUUGGAAAGUUUAGAAUAAAUGACGUUUAUCUGCCAGACAGCGAGGAAUUGGAUUUAUCGAAUGACACGCAGGUGGCUGUGGCAUUGGGUUUUGUUGCACAUACGACACAGAUGAUUGCAAAUUUUUUGAAUAUACCGACCAGAUAUCCUAUCAUACAUUACGGCUCGCGCAGCAAAGUUAUUGAUCAUAUCACAGAAAAUUUGCCCGACAACGAUAGACAAUUUCCACUGUUUGCUCGGAGCAAGGAUAAAUUACAAUUCCAUUACGCUGUAUAUCUAUUAAAUAAAAAUAUAGCACAGCUUCGAUGGUACUGUGGCCUCCCGACCACCGAUUUAAGAGCAACGUUGCCGAAUCUCGCUACGCUAAUCAACGUUAAGCCCAAUCAGAUACAUUUGGACGAUUCGAAACGUACAUUUUCUACCUCAUCGCUGGACACCGAAAGUGGCAAUGGUAAACAGAAUCCACCUCUCACACCACCAUUGCAAAAAAUAAUUUUUGAGAAAUGCCAUCGUUCGUCUCGAUCAAUGAGUCAACUAAAGAAUAUAAAGUCGUCUCUUGGAUCUUCUUUGGAUCAGGGUUUAGACAAACCUGUCCUUCAAUCGCCUGCGCUGGGUAGUCAGUCAAAGCGAAUUUGUAAAUCGGAAGAAAGUGCCAUUGACAAUAAGACUUUGGUGCUGGCUAAGGAUAGAUUGAGUAAUAGCAGUAAUGAGACGUUGAACAGUGCCAUUCUGAACAAUAUCGAUAAUAUAACUCUUAAAGAUAAAAAGGAUUUUGUCGAAAUCAACGAUAAGAUCGUUAUUGAGAGCAACAUCGAAAUUAUGAUACCUACAUCAGUUUCCAAGGCAAGGAACGUCGCGGAUAGCCUGGAGAGCUCUGUGAGUGCCCGAGACAGAAGCUCCAAUUCUAUAAGCAGCUGUGAAAUGGCUCUCAGUGGUAGCCAAAAUGACGUAGAUGAGAGCUCGAAUGGUAACCAUGUUAUUAGGAAGGAAAAAAUCGACGAUAACGUGUUCUCGUACGAUGACAAUUUACAGAACGUCAAGGAUGCGAUAGACAGUGCGUUAAAGAAUGGCGAAUACAGUAAAAGGCAUAAUUCCAGAAAUGACGUUUCACAGAGUUACGACAUGAGUAAUACAAUCGUCGGCGAACAAAAUAGCAGUGUUCAUGGACAAGAUCCACUCACAGAAACUGCCAUCCACAGCAGAGAAUGUUUUGUUAAAUCAUGCUCAUCUUUAAACGAUGUAUGUAUUUAUGAGGAAUCAGAGCAGAAACAAAGAACAAAUUCCAUUUGUGGCUAUACGGAAGAAUACGCAAAGAAUGCUACAUUACGGCGAAAACCCAGCUCUGAAUCCAGAGAGAAUAAAUCGGAAUAUCUUCAACAUGCUGAGAAAUGGCCUCAUGGUAUUGUAAGAAACGAGCCAAUGGUCGACACGUCAAUUCUAAGUGCACCAAGAUCGGAGUGCUGUUCGUACGAUGAAGCUAAAAUACAGUGUGACAUUCAAGCGUCAAGUGAAUAUAUAGACGUCAUUAGGCGCAGCUCAGAGAACGUGUGUGCGCGCACCGAAGCUUUAGCUAAUAAGAAAACUAGUUUCAAAGUUAUGAAACCACGUCUUUAAUAUCUGCCUAUAUUAUAAAGCUGUGCCCUGAUAAUAUAUGUAAGUAAUAAUUACCAAAGGUCUCGAAGACAUGUUCCGUUUAUAUUUCACAAUUGCAUAUGUAUGUUGUUGAUACGAUAAAGAUUCUUUAAAUAUUUUUUAAUGUUGAUUUUAAUUGAUAUCGUAAAAUGUUACAGAAAUAUUUAUUAUCUUUUAUUUAUUCGAAGUAAUACGAAAUGUUUGUAAUGAAUCACUGCAAGUCUUACAGUGCGAAUAUGAAAUAAUUACGUAUUUUAUAACAAAUAUAAGCUAAAUUAUGUAUAAAGACAAAGUAUAAAAAAAUCAGUUUUACCCACCUAUUCUAUUGUAUAUACAUACAUUUAUAUCUUUUUUCAUUUUCUUGUGUCGACGCAAACAAUUAUCAAGAAUUGUCGUGAUAUUUUAUUGGAUAUGAUAUAUGUAAAGAUCGAAAAAGCUGAGAUUUUUUUAGAAAAAUAAACAUCUUUGUACAUGUGAUACAGAUGUGAGAGAGUCAUUAGUUAUUAUUUUAUGUAUUCGUACUGCACACUUAUAGUGAAACUUUGAACGGUUAAUUGUAACAUUUAGUUCCAAGUCGGGAUUUUCUUAGUUUGAUAGUUAAAUGUAUAUAUACAGUGUAUGUAUUGAUACAAUUAUUAAGUUACGACCCUAUUACUGUAACAUACCCCAAACUUUAUAUUGUUAUUAUCUCUGUACGACAACAUUUUCAUUAAACUGAGAUAAUAUGUAAUACACAAAGUUUGUAUAUACAUACGUACUAUGUAGAUAUUAUAGAUUUUUUCACUGUACUUAAUUCAUGUAAUUGAUCAAAUGUUUAGUUCGAGCUUCUAAUACAAACAAUCGAAUGUAUCAAUAUAGUUUAUUAUAUUUUUAUCAUUGGAAAUGUUACAACAUACGUAAAUUUAUAUACGAGGACCAAGUGAAUCACGUAAUUGCUUAAUGAAACGAUCGUGUAAUUAAUCUGUAUUCUCGAAUUAUAGAUAAAAGUAACCUGAAAGAA